AUGUUUGAUGAUAUUCUAUUAUCAAGGAGAUCUCCACCUGAAAAUGGUCUGCCAUUAUUUAAACAGUCAUAUAAUAUUCCAAGAGACUGUCUAGGAUACAGAGCAUCAAUUAAAAUGACAAGACUUCAUGACUCAAAGCGCAAGCACAAAAUAUACUCUAUAGACUGGAUUUGUAGUGGUGACAAACUACUUAUGUGUAAUCGUGAGGCAAUUCAGGUUGUUACUCCACAAUUCUCUGCAUCGGAGAUAUCUAUACAGGGGCAAUGGUACAAGGCUAUCCCAAGCUACAAUGAUCCUAACCAAUUCCUCGGUAUCUCCUUAAAUAAACCAACAAUUGAACUACAUGAUACAAGGACUAAAACAAAUAUGUUGAUUACAAUCCCUAGUGAUAAUUUACUAAAUGUAGCAUGGUCUCAUAAUGGAAAGAUGAUUGUAUCAGCUGAUCGUACUGACUGUUUAUAUAGUAUUGACAUUAGGUAUGCUAAAGAUAAUAUAUUACCAAUGCAAUGUACUAGAUAUAGUCAUAAUUCCUAUUCAUAUGACAUAACUAGUCAAAAAUCACAGACUUCAUAUAAUAUACAAAGUAGGAAAGACUAUAGUGAAGAAAUAAAUAGCUUAUGUUUUGACAAAGAUGAUAAGUACCUAAUUAUAGCUAAAAAUGACGGAUAUAUAGACUUCAUUGAUUUGAAAAUAAAUCGGGAUAUUUCAGAUAUAAAUAACAUUCUAUCACAGCAGGUACAUCUAUUUAGUGCUACUCUUAUAACAGAGUCAUCGAAUUAUCUAGCUAGUUUUGGAUCUGACCAAUCCUUAGUUGUAAUAGACUUAAAUAAAUUGUCAACCAAAAGUACGAUGACUAAUAUUGAUGGAAAUAUAACAACAAUGAGUUUUAAUUUUGAGACAAGUAUGUUAUCAGCUGGUAUAUCAUCAGAUAAAAAAAAGAAUUCAGAUAUAGGAGAAUCACUCAUUAUAAUGAACAAACAAUUGGAUACACUCAGUAGUUUUGAUAUACCAGGACGAAUAGUUGAUUUAACAUGGCACCCUUAUAGGAAUAUACUUACAUUUGCCUGUAAUGCUUUUGAAUUAUCUAAUAUUUCCAACGGCAGUAUAACAUCCUUAACUAAUCAACACAAUAAGCAAUUUUGCAGUGGCCUAGUCGGACCCAAUAUACCAUUUAUUGGAUUUUUAACUAUUGAAUAA